AUGAACAUUCAACCAUGCCGGCAUUCCUUCUUCAAUCGGUCCGCUUUACGGCAGCAGGUAAAGCGUAGGCCGCCCAAAAGGCCGAUCGACCACGUCGACGAACCCGCCCAUGGAACGCUCAGCAAGAAGAGCAAACAUAAAGAAAACGUUCCUCCCAAGGACCCCGUAAGGGAAAAGUCUGCGAAGAGGUUGGGAGGGUAUAAGACCACACCAUGGCGGGAAGAGCCACGCCAAAUCAUCGACCUCACUCAUUCAGACCAUGAACCUUUGCAUAGCACGACAAAGGAGAAUGUGCUCUCGUGUGGCUUGAGAACUACGCCGCCGAACGAGUAUGCUCCUUUGUCCGGGCAUACUCUUCUCACCCCUCCCCCGACAAUGAAGCAUCGAAACGGCAUACCCCCACUCAGCAUAAAGGGUUUUCUUCCAAUGACACUCUCUUCUUCUUCUGAGAGCACCCCUACUCCUGCCAACCAUCACGCCGGGAAUCUCAUUCGGCUCCUUACACCCUGCACACCUGUCUCUCGGUCAAGGAGUUUUUUACCCUCGCACGGGGGGAGCUCUCCAUCUACUACUUCUUCUACGGGUUUCAGUUCUCUCGUUGCUACGCAGGUGCAGAUCGGUGCAGCUCGACCAGGUAAAAGGAAACGGACUUCGCAGCGAGAGGCUGUCGUUCUGUCUCAAGUGUCGCGACGUCUGCUAUCUUCGUCACGGGGCUCGUGCCCAACUCCUGUUGCCUUCAAGAAACCGCAGGUUCCACCCAAACCCUUGACACUCCCUCGUACCAUGGAAUCUAUCUCUCGUCUCGCACGUGGCCCUGUGCAUGACGUUGCAGCAUCCGUUCUGCUCGACGAUGACGAUAUAUUCGUACCUUCAUCCCAGACACAGGAGCUUCAUAUUUCCCCUGCACUCGCUGCAAAGAGUCUGCCUAGAUUGAACUUCACGUUCCGCAUGCCUCUUGGGCACUUUGAUGAUGGAGAAAUUAUUCCCACUUCCCAGAGCCAAGAAAGGGAACUGGAAAUUCCUGAUUCUGAUCUUGGAGUUGGGUCGCAGAGACACGAGUCAAUCUCGAAAGAGGCCAUGCGGAUCUCGCAACAACCACGGAAGCACAUCACUUCGCGUGACGCUCUUCACGAAGUGCGCAACGCCCUGAGUUUGGUCUCAGAGUCUCUGGAGUUCGUGCCGAGCUCGCAGAGUCAGUUGGAGAAAGAACUGGACAUGGCUUCUGUCAGCCCAAUUUGCUUGGUCGAUUCAUCAAGGCGGUCUUCGGAGAACGAAGGCAAUGGGCGAGCGCAACGGCCGAUACCUUUGAGUAGCGAAGGCUCUGAAGAAGUCUCAGAUCGUGUGCAAGACAAAGAUAAUCAGGUGUUAAAUUCCCCUGUGCAUCCAUCUCAAGGCGAAUCACAAUACUCCAACGGUGUACAUUCCCAACUCUACACGUCUCCUCCUCAUCCUCCGACAUCCUACGGCAGCUCGCUUGGAGAUGUGGAUAAGUUUAACCUGGCACCAGACACACCUCCGCAGCUUCGAGCAUUCCGAGACAUGUUCAACGAUGAGCCCUCUUUUCUUCAGGAUAGCGAGAACACAGAUGCUCAUUCAUGUUCUGUGGGAAUAUCUGCUAGCCCGCCGAGCAAUACGCAGGAUCCACCGUUCGUAGUGAGCAGAGAUCAAUUUCUGCGCAGCUACUCCCUCACCGAACCGGAGUCUGACGACACACCACUUUCUUUGUUGGCGAACCCACCAAUACGCCAGGAAGAAACGGAUCUUUUGCAACACCGUGUCCCUCACCGAGAAGUUGAUGCAAUCACUAUAAGAAUCCCCGGCAAGUCUUCGAAUGACGCCGACGACGAAGGAGCCUCCUCCUCCUCGGCCGACCAACCACUGAGCAUCCCACACUCUUUCGAUGAAGGCAUGACUUACUCGUCCGUAUCUGGAAGUUCGUCGAUUCCGGCAGUCGUCGCAGAUUUCUUCGAUAUGUUCGAUAGCGACGAUUCUGUCGGGGAUAUAUGA